AUGGCCCCGUCUACCCAGGCGGCCGGUCAAAAGCGCAAGUUCGCUUUCGAUAGACCAGGGCAGUCGGCCAACGCCCGAAAGCGACAGAAGAAUCAAGAUGCUCGAAACAUUCCUGUCCAGCCAGCAGCGGCGGCCCUCGCGGCCAACGGUGAACUCAACGUGGCCUCGUUCAUCAAAGCCAGAGAAUUCGAAAUUGGGUCGUUGGAAAGGAGCAUGCAGAAGGCCCGGAAGAGCUUGACAACAAGAGCGUUCCAACAAGUACCGAGGCAUAUGAGAAGAAGGACUGCCAGCCACAAUGCUAAAAAGGUGCCCCGACGGCUACGGAAAAGGGCAGAACGCGAGAUGAAAGAUGACAAUACUCCAACGGUGACUAAACGGACGCGAACACCGUCUCGGAAAAUGAGAAUACGCCUCGAAACGGCAAAAGCCAUUCGCAAAAUCUCUCAGAAGACCAAAACUGUGCGUCAAAAGAAAAGAGAAGCCAAAGCCAAUGCGAAGCAGGCGGAUCCGGAAAACCACGUCGUGAUCUCCCGAGUACCCCGGUUGAAGAAAAAUAUUCUGGCCGAGCCACCCAAUGCUACUACGAAAUACAAGAAGAGACAGGUCAAUAAAACAUGGCUACCGACUCACCUAUGGCACACGAAACGGGCUCACAUGACCCGUCCCACGAAACCCUUGUGGAGGAUGGCAAUUCCGUUAAGUCCAACGGAAAAGAGCUAUAGGCCCAGUCAUCGUGCUGCAGGAAGUCGUGGAUGUAUAGCCUGGGAUACCAGCUACAUGUCUACCGUGGCCUGUCGAGGAACGGAGCAUGCAUUGGAUAACCUGCUUGCCGCACUGGGCUUCAAAGCGCAGGGCCUCUCAGCGUCCUUGCAAAAGAAGUGGAAGUCAGGGACAAGGUUUGCAGAGGGCUGGGUGUAUGAACAAGAAGGCGAGAGAAGACCUGUUAGUCCGGUCACAGUGAUAUGGUGCAUCCAACCUAAGGAGAAGGAGCGCGCCGCCCAUGCACCAAAUGCUGAUGAUGUGAUGGAGGUCGACACGAGUGACCAGACAGGCCCCUCGGAGCCUCAAAUCAUCAAAAAGCAAAAGGUCAGACUCGAUCAGCUGCUCUUGAUACGUCUUCAUCCCUCCGCCUGUCAACAGUUCUGGCAGCAGUUAUUGAAAGCCGCUAAAUCACAAAGACCACAAGUGUUGGUCGAGGAUCUUCGCUUCGAGAUUGGGAGCCUGGAAAUCCAAGGACCUGGAUCAACAGAGUCGUUGCUGGGUGUAUUGCGCCCAUUCAACGGAUCCGAUGAGACCAGCGAUUUGAUGGCGACUCUCUGGACUUCUCUGGCGGGGCUCAACAAUCCAGGGAUACUACCGCAGAAUGCUAUCCUGUCAUUUGAUAUCGUCGACCCCCGGCUCAGCCAUCCGCCCAAGCGAAUCCAGUUGCCAAAAGAAUCUGACACGAAUCAGUUGAACGAAAUCUUGGUCUCCUGGCCGGCCGACAAGGAAUUGUCCAGCUCCAGAUUGAUGUCACAUAAAGAACGCUGGAUGGUGAGCAAUUCACUGCCAUCACAGAAAGCGAUCAAUCGUCGUAAGGCACUUGCGCCGCCCGGUCACGCACCAGCGACCACGCCCAAAGAUCCACGCAUACCCGUGAUGCUUCUCGCCUCAAGAGCAGAAGAUGUGUCGGGCCGCAAAGGCAGCAACCUGCAGGGAACGUGGACUAUCCUUCUGCCCUGGUCUUGUGUGGAUGCGGUAUGGCGUUCUCUGAUGUACUAUCCUCUGACCGCAGGAGGGACGCCGCGGUUUGGAGGACUGCACGAAAAGCAACAAUUGGCAUUCGAAAACAAAGCGCCAUGGUUCCCUGGAGAUCUGCCAGGCACUGAUGCAGGGAAAGCAUGGGAGCGAACGCAAAGCGAGAAGAGGUUCGACGAGUGGAUUCGCAGACCUCCAAAGCACAGGAUCGCAUGGGACAAGCUUGACCUAGGGCCAGGCAAGACUGGCGAGGUAGGUAGAGGCUGGGCCUGUGACUGGGAAUAUCUGUUUGAGGGCAAAAAGGGCAAUACGUCAACCGACGACGUGGCGGAAAUAUCAACGACAAAGGACAUGUCAAUGGCGAAAACAGUAAAGCCAUUGCUUACGCAGAGACAACGAAAAGCAGCACAGGCCGCAGCCGAGGCGAGUAAGGAAGAAGCAUCUCGACGACGCAACACUUCCAGCCCCGAAAGCGAGGAUGAAGCCCGAGCUGCCAGCAUUCCCGCGGAAAUCAACUAUACCCAGCUAUCGCCGUCGGCAGCUUUGGCGCUCCUCAAAACCGUGUCGGGUGUCCAGCUCCCAUCCACGCCCACUCUGAUGACCGUUCGCAUCACGCUGCUGGAUAAAGGGACCCCGAGUCCCGCCGCUCGCAUAUACCGACUCCCGUCAGCUCCUCCUACCCAGAAAAUCGCAUCAUCCGUACAUCAAUCAAGCGAAGCGACACCGCCGACCCAACCACCCAGUUGGUCUUCCGUGCCACCACCUGCCCAGCGGCCUCCAGUACCCAGCACCACAGACUCGUCCUCGUCCAGCAUGUCUUCUGCUAGCCUUCGCGAGCGCUGGCUUGCAUUAGACCCUUCCUCCUCCCAGCAUGGUGUGCCAAAUGCCAGCGGCGCCCACCGGCUCAAGAAGCAAAAGACCAAUCGAUUCAACCUGCCGCGCCAGCAGCACGCAGAUCCGCGCGAAUCGCUCGCAAAGAUCAACGUCCUCCCGAAAGACGCGCCUGCAGAAAUCAUCGCAAAGUUCGGGCCAGACAGCGCCUUUGGACGUGGCGACGGAGAAAUCCCCAAGGAGAGGCCCCCUCAAGGACGUAAACUGAAAGGACAAGGACGAGGGCAACAAGGGCCAACAAGCGGAAAAGGCAACGCCAACGCCAACGCCAACGACAACAAAGACAAAGACAAGCAUAAGGCAGCAGCAGGCCCCGAACAGCUUCCCAGCGAUACCGACGUUGGACGCAACCCGUACCUCGACCCGACAGACACGCCUAUCCCAAAUUUCCGCACCGAACUGGCCGAUUUGAUGGUCCCCAACCCUUCCGGCACGCAGACCCAGUGGACGAAACAUCCGCCAUGUCCCGAUGUCGAGGAUCUCAUCGGAUUCGUCACCUCGGGAGGCUACAAUCUGUCCGAAGGCCGAGGGACCGCUAUCGGCGCUGUAUGGGCGCAACGGGUGAUUGAGGGCUGGAUUGCUGAAGGUGCGAUCUCCCUCGGGAAGGGGACGUCGAACAUAGACACCAAGGACAAGGACAAAGACAAGAACAAGGAUCCAGAGAGGCAGAGACAGAGGAAGAGACAAAGAAGGCUCUGUAUCGUGCGUAAUUCCGGCGAGAGUAUUGGGCGUUUGGGGAUAUGGGAGUGCUGUGAGUGA